AUGGUUUCUGAGUUUUCAAGAGGAAAGGGAACAAACCUGGUCUAAACUAUUUUAAAAUGAAUCUGUUGCGUUUCAUUGUAUUCUUAGCCGGGUGUUCUUAGAGCCACGUUUGCUACAUUGGAAUUUGAAUCAAGAGUGCAACAUAUGAUUUUAUUUUAUUUUUUAGAUAAAUCUUUAUUUUUGUCAGUAUUUUUUUUUUCCAACUAAUAAACUAUUGUUGGGAUAAUAGGGUUCUGCGCACUUCAGAAAGUCGUGGUUUUAAAGAAACAAUGUUACCCAUCCCACUAGACCUCCCCAACAGCCAGUAAGAUGGAGGAUGAGUGCCCGACCCUAAAGCCCCGUCGGAUCCAGAACCAGAAUGUGGUCCACCGGCUGGAGCGGCGGCGGGUCUGCUCGGGCAGGGCCGGGGCUCACUGGUACAGAGUGCGCUGCUUUCACCAGAACUUGUUCUCCAACUUCACGGUAGUGAACGUGGAGAAGCCCCCCUGCUUCCUGCGCAAGUUCUCCCCAGACGGCCAGUGCUUCAUUGCCUUCUCCGCGGACCAGACCUCGCUGGAGAUCUAUGAGUACCAGGGCUGCCAGGCGGCAGAGGACCUGCUCUGGGGCCAGGAGGGGGAGACCUUGGCUAACGGCAACGACCAGCGGUCCCUUAACAUUCGCGGGCGCCUCUUUGAACGUUUCUUUUCUCUUAUGCACGUCACCAAUGUGGCCUCCAACGGAGAGCACCUGAAUCGCGAGUGCAGCCUCUUCACGGAUGACUGCCGGUACGUCCUUGUGGGCUCGGCAGCUUACCUCCCCGAGGAGCCCCACCCACACUUUUUCGAGGUGUACCGUAACAACGAGUCGGUCACCCCUAACCCCCGCUCCCCCCUGGAGGACUACUCCCUGCACAUCAUAGACCUCCACACGGGCCGCCUCUGUGACACCCGUGCCUUCAAGUGCGACAAGAUCAUCCUGUCCCACAACCAGGGGCUCUACCUCUACCGUAAUAUCCUGGCAGUGCUCUCCGUGCAGCAGCAGACCAUCCACGUCUUUCAGGUGACUCCAGAGGGCACCUUCUUGGACGUUCGGACGAUUGGCCGAUUCUGCUACGAGGACGACCUCCUGACCCUGUCGGCUGUGUACCCCGAGGCACAGGCUGAAGGGCAGCCGGGAUUCUCGCGGCUCUACAAGGAGAAGACCAUCAACUCUCUGAAGCACCGGCUGAUGGUGUACCUGUGGCGGCGGGCGGAGCAGGACGGCAGCGCCACCGCCAAGCGCCGCUUCUUCCAGUACUUUGACCAGCUGCGGCAGCUGCGCAUGUGGAAGAUGCAGCUGCUGGACGAACAUCACCUCUUCAUCAAGUACACCAGCGAGGACGUGGUCACCCUGCGAGUUACGGACCCCUCGCAGCCCUCUUUCUUCGUGGUAUACAAUAUGGUGUCGACGGAGGUGAUGGCUGUGUUUGAGAACACGUCGGACGAGCUGCUCGAGCUCUUUGAGAACUUUUGUGACCUGUUCCGCAACGCCACGCUGCACAGCGACGCAGUGCAGUUCCCCUGCUCCGCCUCCAGCAACAACUUUGCACGACAGGUCCAGCGCAGGUUUAAGGAUACGAUCGUGAACGCCAAGUACGGCGGCCACACCGAGGCAGUGAGGAGACUCCUGGGUCAGCUACCCAUCAGCGCCCAGUCCUACAGCAGCAGCCCCUACCUGGACCUCUCGCUCUUCAGCUACGAUGACAAGUGGGUAUCUGUGAUGGAGCGCCCCAAGACCUGCGGCGACCAUCCCAUCCGAUUUUAUGCCCGGGACUCGGGGUUGCUGAAGUUUAAGAUCCAGGCAGGCCUCUUGGGUCGCCCUAUCAACCAUGCGGUACGUAGACUGGUGGCUUUCACAUUCCACCCCUUCGAACCCUUUGCUAUCUCUGUGCAGCGCACCAACGCAGAGUACGUGGUCAACUUCCACAUGCGCCACGUCUGUGUCUGAAGGACCCGAGGGGGAAAGGAGGCCAUUGAUUAUUGAUUGAUUGUGAGUGUCACUGUUUCAAGUAGGUUUUCUCAUACUCCGCUGUUAUCAAUCUGCUUUUAAGCAUGGUCUGGGAUUAACAGUUCUGAGCCCACAUCUUAAUGAAGAAACGAGUGAAGAGCUUUUUCGUGGCCACUAUAGCAGUACAGGGUGCCUUCAGAAACAUGGUGUAUUGUCCCAAGACUGUGUUGUGCUGGCCUUGGGGCCCAUCUUCAGUCAUGGAAUGAGAAAACUGUCCUAUAGUGUUUUUAACAGAUGAACUGCACCUUUUCAUACUGUGCUGCCAUGGUCCAGACACACCAUUAUCAAUAACAAUGAAACCUGGUCCAAAAUGUUUUCAGUGUCAUGAAAAGCCUGGGGUUGGAAAUCAAUAAAAUGAAAGCGCAUGUUUGAGAUAGGGUUUCGUUUUUACCCACUCCUUGGUGGUGUAACUACCAGGAUUUUAAGUAAGGUUGCACUUUUUAGUUUCUUUUUUUUCUUUUAUAGUUUCUAAGCAUAUUCUGCAUCACAGGAUUGAUUAAAUACGAAGCAGCUGAGAGCUUGUUUUUCUUUUGAAAUGUGUUUUUUACAUGCCAAACACCCAAGCCCUGUUGUGCAUUUUAACAUUGUCGUUGGCCACACACGUGACCAGAUUGUGUGUUAGGCACAGGUUAAUGUUUCGUACAGGUUCUGUUAAAACUAGUGCAUUUGAAAUCACAUCAUAUAAGACCCAAACAUUGAUGCAUUGAAAUGGUUUCUGCCUUUUGAGGUUCACCUCAAUCACCAGUCAUUGGUUGAAAAUCGUCCAGUAGUAUGCACAUGUAUUGGAACACCUCCAGAUUUGUCAUUUUUAUCUUCUAUAUACCUACCUGCAUGAAAACCUCAGGGUGUGAGAAGUUCAAUUUGUAGUCGGUAAUCCGUGAUUAUAGAGACAGUAGGCACGUGUGUGAAAAUGUUAGACCACUUUAUGCUUUUAGUUAGGCAUCUUAAACAACUUCUAAAAAGUCUCUUGCAUUUUACCAUGUGUGGCAAUAUGUUCCUUUUCUCUUACUACUUGGUGGCAUGGACGACCUAUUAAAGUCAUGAAUUAAAUUUAGACAAUCACUAAUUUGCUUUUUUUUUUUUUUUUUUUCAACA